AACUAAUAAAUUGACAUUUUUAUAUCCCGUUAAUAUCACAGAAGCAGGGCAGGUGAUUGGAAUUCCAUAGAUCAAGCCAAAAAUCGGGGAUUGUCGAGGUAAGCAAGGAGAAGAUCCAUCUUCACUGCUUCACUUCACGUUGAAAUUGGAAGUUUCUUCACCUCCGUCGUCAUCAACAUCAACUCUGUAGCUUCCGCCGUCCGGUGAUUGAGAUCCGUCAGUCGAGAUGGGAGUAGGCUUCGUGGUCGGUGUCUUCGGAGUUCUAAUUCUGGCUCAUGCUGCUUAUUCCACCAUCCAAUAUAGGAGCUUAUUGAAGAUCAUGCAGGAAGAGUUUUCAGGCCCUCCGUUUCAUGUGGCAAUCGAAUUGAUUCUAGGGUUAGUGUUGUCCAUGUGGGCUGCACUCACCGUGCCAGGGAAGUUUCACUCGAUCAAUCCAGAAGCCGAGGAGAAUAGGAUAGUUUCUCUUCCUGCCAAUCAAGAUUUUAUGAUCUUCAACCACCGCGGCAGAUUAUUUCCCAAGCAAACAGAUUUGAAGCUAAAACAUUGAGAUCUCAGUUAUGACUAAAGCAGGCACUGGGGAAUCCAAGCUGGAAGCCGAAAUGGACGUUUGUGAGCUUAAACGAGAUAUUGCUGGGUUCCAUUAAUCUAAUGUUUCUCACUUGUUUACUAUUUUGGAUACUGUGAGGUUCUUCCUAUGUUUAUUUUGUAGUCUCUGCCUUAAAACAAGCUUUUUCCAUUGUUAUUGAAUUAGGCCUCUUUUGAAUCGAUAUAAAAGAUUAGUAUGCGUUUUCUGCA